CCCAUGGAGCCUCAGAAAAAUCUAUUUCCCUGAAGAAUGAAGCUUGCGGUUUUUUAGUUGCAUAAUGGAGGUUGAUAAUGGGAUUUGGAAGCAGAAAAAGCUCAUGUUUGACUUGUAGCUAAUGAGGACUUGGGACCUGUACAGCUGCAAAGUCCACUCUUGCAAAUGACCGAAACAUGGGGUAGAAAUUUUCUAGUCCUAUCUCUGUUUCUCUUCCUUGAUUCACUCCUUAAAAUUGAGUUCUAGUACCAAAAUACCAAUAUCUCUACCUUGUCUGCAAAUAUUUGUUUGCAGCCAUGGAUGCCAAAACAAACACAAGGUUCUUGCUUUCCUUACUUUUCUUAAGCCUAUGCCUCAAGUCCCAUAUCUGCUUUGGAGCUGACACCAUCACAGCAAACCAGUCUCUCUCUGGUGACCAAACCAUUGUUUCAGCUGGUGAGAAAUUUGAGCUGGGUUUCUUCAAGCCAGGUAAUACUUCAAACUACUACAUAGGCAUGUGGUACUACAAGACACUAGUGUCUUUGCAAACCAUAGUCUGGGUGGCCAAUAGGGAGCAGCCAGUCUCUGAUAGAUUUUCUUCAGAGCUGAGAAUCUCAGAUGGCAAUUUGGUACUGUUUAAUGAGUCCAAAGUACCAAUUUGGUCCACAAAUGUCAGUUCAGGUUCAGGUUCUUCUACACAUGUGAUUCUUUUAGAUAAGGGAAACCUUGUGUUAAGAGCUGGGUCUGAUUCCAAUUCAUCUUUGCCUUUAUGGCAAAGUUUUGAUCAUCCAGCUCAUACUUGGCUGCCAGAAGGUAGAAUUGGGUUCAACACUGUCACAAACCAAACCCAAGUUCUGACUUCAUGGAAGAAUUCUGAGGACCCUGCACCGGGUCUGUACACUCUUGAGCUUGACCCGGAUGGCACAGAUGCAUAUUUCAUACUGUGGAAUAAGUCUAAGCAGUAUUGGACUAGUGGACCUUGGGAUCCAAAGAGUAAUAUUUUCAGUUUGGUUCCUGAGAUGAGGCUUAACUAUAUCUACAACUUCAGCUUUUUUAAAAACAAAACUGAGAGCUACUUCACCUAUUCUGUUUAUGAUCCUAGCAAAACAUCUCGAUUCGUUAUGGAUGUAUCGGGUCAGAUUAAGCAACAGACCUGGUUGAUACCUCAGGGGUGGAACUUGUUUUGGUCUCAGCCGAGGAAACAAUGUGAGGUUUAUGCCUUUUGUGGAGCAUUUGGAAGUUGCAAUGAAAAAUCCUUGCCCUUCUGUACAUGUUUGGAUGGUUUUGAGCCGAAAUUGAAGGCAGAUUGGGAUUCGGGGGACUAUUCUGGUGGCUGCAAAAGACAGACUAUGCUGAAUGUUGCUAAUAGUGCUACUAACAAUAAUGGGAAGGAAGACCGGUUUUUAGAAAUGCCUAGCAUGUCUUUGCCUGAAAAUAAUGUGUCUGUAGAUGUUGGGAGUACUGCACAAUGUGAAUCUUUCUGCUUAAGUAACAGCUCUUGCACUGCUUAUGCUUAUGACAACAAUAGAUGUUCAAUAUGGAUUGGAGAUCUCUUGGAUCUGCAACUGACAGAUGAUGGUAACGGAAAAACUUUGUACCUCAGACUAGCAGCUUCAGAGUUUAAGGAUCCGAAAAGUAAAAAGGGAUUGAUUAUCGGUGUUGCAGUAGGCUCAGCUGUUGGGGUAGCAGUCCUAUUAGGCCUCAUUGUGGUUGUAAUGUUGAGAAACAGAAAUAGAGUGAUUGGAAAAGCAGUGGAAGGUUCAUUGGUGGCAUUUGAGUAUAGAGAUCUUCAAGAAGUAACAAAGAACUUCUCAGAGAAAUUGGGGGGAGGAGGUUUUGGUUCUGUCUUCAAGGGCACAAUGCCUGACUCAUCAGUCAUAGCAGUGAAGAAGCUUGAAAGUGUUAGCCAAGGAGAGAAGCAAUUCAGAACAGAAGUUAGCACCAUUGGGACAAUCCAACAUGUCAAUCUUGUUCGGCUGCGUGGUUUCUGCUCUGAAGGUGCCAAGAGGUUGUUGGUCUAUGAUUACAUGCCUAAUGGAUCCCUGGAUGCUCAUCUUUUCAAUUGUCAAACAGAUGUUUUGGAGUGGAAAACAAGAUACCAAAUUGCUCUUGGGACAGCAAGAGGGUUGGCUUAUCUUCAUGAGAAAUGUAGAGAUUGUAUCAUACAUUGUGACAUUAAGCCAGAAAACAUUCUCCUAGAUACCGAACUUUGUCCCAAAGUCGCAGAUUUUGGCCUUGCAAAGCUUGUUGGAAGAGAGUUCAGCCGAGUCCUGACCACAAUGAGAGGCACACGAGGCUAUCUUGCACCGGAGUGGAUUUCAGGAGUGGCAGUCACAGCAAAAGCUGAUGUUUACAGCUAUGGAAUGAUGCUUUUCGAAAUUGUUUCAGGAAGACGAAACUCUGAGCCAUCUGAAGAUGACAAAGUUAGAUUCUUCCCAACUUACGCUGCUGGUGUGAUCACUAGUACAGAGGAAGUUGAUGUGCUGAGCCUAUUGGACCCGAAGCUAGGGAGAAAUGGUGAUGUGGAAGAAGUCAUAAGGGUUCUUAGAGUUGCUUGCUGGUGUGUCCAAGAUGAUGAGGCUCAUAGACCAUCAAUGGGUCAAGUGGUGCAGAUUCUCGAGGGGAUUUUGGAUGUGAACUUGCCCUCAAUUCCAAGAGCACUCCAAGUCUUUGGAGAUAGCCAGCACAUAGUUUUCUUCACUGAGUCAUCUUCAAGCCAGAGCUCACAUGCACAAAGCAAUAGCACAUCAACAACUUCAUCUCAGGUCAAAAGCACCACAUCUUCAAUUACCUCCAAGAGAUCUGAAGAGCAUCAAACAAGCACAUAACGGAUUGCUCCUUUGGUCACUUGGUUUGAUCCUCAAGUAAUUGUAAGAUAUACGUAAUUGUUUAGUUAUUGUAUGGUUUUGUAGUAUUCUUUUAGGCGAUUAUGAUGAUUAAUAAGUGAUUAUUAUGGCAUUGCUUAGCUCUAAAUAAAUGAUGUCAAUGUAGUUGUGCCGUCCUUAUCUGAUUUGAUGAUGAUACUUUCUUUUCUAGGCC